CUCCUGCAUUUUUAUCGAACUCCUCAAGUUUUUACACAUCAAGUUAAUUUUAUUGAUGACGUUAGUCUUCCUGAAAGUCUUCUUAAAGUUUGAUAUUAUUAUCUUUGGUGAUUAAUUAGUGGACUAAGGAAGUUAAUUAUUAUGGCUGGACCUUAUUUAUCUCCUCUUGGACCACAAGCUGAUCUUCUUACUGAAUACAUGUUCGGCCGACGGCGUCAGGUCAGUAGACGCAAUCGGACAACUUUUACUCCUCAACAACUCCAAGAACUUGAGUCUCUUUUUCAAAAGACUCAUUACCCAGAUGUUUUUUUACGUGAAGAAGUUGCUCUUCGUAUCUCACUAUCAGAAGCACGAGUUCAGGUGUGGUUUCAAAAUCGUAGAGCAAAAUGGAGAAAACAGGCUCGUCUUCAACUUCUUCAAGAUGCUUGGAGAAUGCGUUGUUUAGGUUUAGGAAGUGCAGCACCACUUCUCUUACGGCCUCCUCCUACUUCAGCAGUAGAAAGGUCCGAUUCUACAACUCCUCCAUCGGCACCUGGUCUUUCACCACCACAAGUACCACCAGGAACGCCAGAAAAGUUGGCAGAAAAUCCUCAACAUCCAGUUUGUAGAGAUUAUAGGAUCCUUCCACCUCAUGGCUAUCAAAUAAGCUGUGAAAAAUCUCCAGAGCAAAUAAAGUGCGGUUGUGGAUCACCUUCAAGAAAUUCUAUGUCUCCUAACAACAUAGAAGUGGAUUUGGCACCAAGAGACCGACCUCAAGAAGCAGAAAUGGAUCUGACUAUCAAAACACCGCUUCCAUCACGACACCCACAAAUUCCACCACUUUAUCAUCACCUUCCCAGUGAACCAAGACACGAUCUCAGUCCUGCCGCGAGAUCUGUCGACGAGCCACUGGACGUUACUCUAAAUGGAAACAGAAAUAAUAAUUAAUCCAAGGAUUUAAU